AUGCCCCUGCGUCCAAACAUCCUCACUCUGUGGCUUCUGCUGCUUUUGGAAGUCUCUGGAAGUUCUUUUAGGAUAUUCAAUUUGUGCAGACAAACUCCGGACGCUCGUGAAGGCGCCUUGAGGCUCUUCAACGGCGAGGGACCCUGGAGCGGCCGCGUGGAGGUCUUCCACAAUGGCCGUUGGGGAACCGUGUGCGACGAUGGCUGGGACUUGGCGGAGGCUCAAGUGGUGUGUCGCCAACUCAACUUCCCGGGAGCCAAAUCGGUUGUCAUUGGGAAGAACUACGGAACAGUGUCAGGUCGUAUUUGGUUGGAUGAUGUGAAAUGUAACGGAACGGAGAGAAGUCUCUUAGCUUGUCGUAUGAGCAACUGGGGGGUGACUGACUGCACCCACAAAGAGGAUGUUGGGGUUAUUUGCGAAGCACAAAGUAAGUACUAAACCAACUCAAAUGCAACCGUCCGCAAUUUCACGCAUUCUUUGGAUCACAGCAUCAGUCUGUCGGAUGAUUUGGGCGCCCUGUUUGACAGCGAGCAGUAUUGCGACUUCAUUAUGGUGCUCAGCACCAUAGAGAGCGAAGCCGAUGAUGACAUCCCGGAGACCACCAUCUGCGCGCACAGAAUAAUCCUCUCUUCAUUCCUGAACUGGAACAUGUCGGAGGGGAUGACUGUCAAUGUCAGCCUGGCUUGCCUUCCUUAUGUAAAAUCCUUUGUCAGGUACUUUUACACCCGCAAAAUGGACGUGAGCGUCUCCUCGGCUCAGUGCCUCCACCAGAUGGCAUCCCAGUUCCAGAUGAGGCAACUGAUGGAGGACAUCGGCCGUCUGUUUACUCAAAUCCUUCCGGAUGAUCCCUCCUUUCAAACACAGUUGUCCCUCCUUCACUACGCCAUGCAAACCGGUGACCACGUUUUGCGGGAAAAUUGCAUUCAGUAUCUGGCCUGGAAUUUCCACAAGCUUACCCAGUCGCCGGCUUGGCACGGCCUCUCCUGGGAAGUCCUCGGUGCGCUCCUAUCCCGUUCCGACCUGGUGGUCCCAGAUGAAUAUUUCGUGCUUCGCACCGUGGAGCGCGAGAUACAGGAGAAGGGCAAUAAGUCCACCUGGGAAGCCCGGGUGAAGCUGCUGAACCACGUCCGCUUCCCGAUGAUCUCUGUGGAGACGCUCUACGAUUUAGAGCUCAAGUCGCCCCUCUACAGUAGUUAUAAGAAUGUUUAUCAGGAGAAGAUGUUGAAAGCGAUGCAGUUUAAUGUGCUGCUCUUCAGCAACCUAACCUCGCACCCAAAUUUCAGUCCAGAUGAGAUUUACCAACCCAGGAUCUAUACCGCUAAGCCCUGGAGCGUGCUGAUUAACGCUACGAAAAAACUAAAUAACGCAUAUUUUAAUCGUUACGAUUCCUAUAACCGCAAUUAUUACAAUCCUGGGCGGUAUGAAGAAACUCCCUCCAAAAGGUUCUACACACGUCGUCACAGUAGCAUGGUCUUCAAGGACCAAAAAGCUACAUGGGAAGCAAAUUUCUUUAAGACCCGACAAGAUUGUUUCAACGUCGGUCAGACCUGUGAAUCGGCACCCGUUGCCGCACUCGUUCUCCAGAGCUCAGUCCGUCCGGAAGUCACUUAUCAUAACCGGCUAGUCGUCAUGUGCCAGGAUAAGUAUGUUUCUCAAGUCCAGGAGUUCAAAAACAACAUGGCCUACAUCGCCAACAACGGAAGCAGCGUUCAAGCCUACCCGUGUCCUGAGGAGCUGUACGUGUACUUCUUUGUGGUGAGGCCUGAAUAUAUCUGA